GGAGAACUACCAGAUGAAGUAUUACUUCUACCACAUACUCUCUUGGCCACAGCUGCUCUACGUGGUGGAGGAUUACAACGGAAAAAUCAUCGGCUACGUGCUGUCUAACAUGGAAGAGGAGACCUCCGAGUGCCAUGGACAUAUCACAUCACUCGCGGUCCUUCGUUCCCAUCGCAAACUCGGCAUUGCCACCAAGCUCAUGACCGCUGCUCAGAAUGCCAUGGAACAGGUGUUUGGUGCAGAAUAUGUUUCACUCCAUGUAAGGAAAAGUAACAGGGCUGCAUUCAAGCUGUACACAGAGACAUUAGAAUACAAGAUCCAUGAUGUUGAAGCAAAGUACUACGCAGCCGGUGAAGAUUCUUACGAUAUGCGGAAGCAGCUCAAGGGUAAGAAACAUCAUGACCAUGGCCACCACCAUCACGGUGGUGGGUGUUGCUCUGGGCAUGCUACUGAAGGAAAGAAUGUUUGAGACUAGAA